CAACUUGUCAUUAUUUUUUAACACACUUGUCUCUCUUCUUCACUUGUCACUUCCAUCAUCCUGUGACUGUGAUUACUGCCUCCAUUUCCCAUAAAACCAUCAUCAUUAGAUUCCUCCUCUACAAGACUACAACAUUCACCUAACCUCUUUCUUUCUCAUAUCUUCUAACUUCAUUUUUCACACCUUAAUGCUCGCUUCAAAAUCAUCCACUUUAUUUCCCGGCGACCACCGCGCCGGAAAUCACCCUCCUCCACCGUGGACAACACCACCGUCACCGGAGCUUCACACCGGAACAUUACUGCCGUCAUGGUGUCCUUUCCUUCAAAGGUCGAUGCAGCUUCACUUCAUUGAUUUUUGUUCGUUUGUUUUUUAUUUGAUCCACCGUAAUUUCCUUGAUUAUGAGUGUUUGUUGAUGGGAGCAUAUUCACCAUCAAACCAUGCAAGCCACCGUCUCAAAGUAACAUCAUGUGUAAUUUCGCCCAAAGAUCUCUACUUUGCAAAGUUGAGAGAUAAAAAAUGGGUGACGAUUCUGGUCUGGAGAGUGACAUUGAUUGGAAUCGAUGAGCUUGAGAUUCAGAGCUUUCGUUCCUCAAGUUCAACUGUUCCAAAUGGACUGACUAUUAAUGCUGGGUCUCCAGAGGUAACCUAUUAUGCCAUAUUUCUUUUCGGAAGUUAUCUUUAUGAGCAGUUUAAUAUUACAAAACUAGCAGGCCAAUUUGCUGGAAGUUAAAGAUAAUGCAUAUAUGCUGCUGACUUAAGGAAUAGGCACCAACUUAAAGUGAUAAACCAAAAAAUUGAAUAACCCAUCAGGUCAUUGCAGAAAAAGAAGCUUUGAGAAUUGAGAAGUAGUUUUAUGUUUUUGAACUCAAUUGACGCUAUAUAUUUUGAAAAUACAAUAUUUGAUUUCUAAGAAUAUGACUUUAAUCUUCAAUGUGUUAAGAUGAUGCCUAAUAAAUUUGGAUUAUUUCCACACCACCUUAAACACACACCAAACUAAACAAACAAAGAAACAAAGAUCCCUUCAAUGUGUAAGUUUUUUAUUUGGUGUGAUUUAAGCCAUGUUAGCUCAGAAUGAUUCAGUUCUAUUGGAAUGACUGAACACGCAUCAUUCCUUCAAUUUUUAUAUCACUUCCUGCUUAUUCCACUUGUGUUUCUAUUUUUAGAUGUUGAAAAAGAUUUUACCAUCAUAAAUGUUAAUUUAAGGGUACUCAUACUCAUUCUGCUUGUGUUGAUUUGGAGUGGAGUAUCAUAAAGUUGAACCUUUCAAUUAUUAAGAAAAGAGAUUCUAUUACAACUACAUUGUUUAAAAUACUCUUUAUAUUUGAUAUUAAUUUUCUUAUUUUUUGUGUUUGAAGGUAGAGAUGUUGAUCAUACUAUUUGUUGUCAUAUUCUUUUUGGUUGCUAUGGAUGGAGGUGAUCAACACCAUCACUAAAGGAUGCAAAGGGUUGAAUGAAAGAUUUGUUAGUAUUUUUGAACAUGGUGUUUAAUGAAAUUGGUAGAUUUGAAUUUAUUUAUGGCCUUUCCUGCGAAAUGUAUACCUGAUAAGGAUGGUUAACUUAGAGGAUUUGGAUCCUAGUUUUGUAGACUUUCUCCUCCAAAUUUUAUAUAUUAAUCAUACAUAGUAGUGGUAU